AAGGCACUCCUUUUGCAGAGAGAGAGAGAGAGAGAGAAAGAGAGUGAGUUCCAGAAAGCUUUGAAGCACUGAAAGAAGAAAGAAAACUCACUGCUUCCAGAUUUCCACACUCUACAAGCCAAAGCAAAGUGAAUACUUUUCCCUGAAAAAGUUAGAAAAGCGGCCAUGGACGGGAUAACAUACGGACGCACGUCGCUCUGGUGCACCUUGCUCUGGGCAUUGCUAGUAUGCAGUGGAGCUGUGAUUGUGAGGGUGGCUCCUAAAGUGGAGGUGUUAAAAGGAGAGACUGCCUAUCUGCCCUGCACAUAUACUGUCUCACCUUCAUCAAGCAACACUAUUGUCGAAUGGUACAUUGAGGAGCAGGAAACCAGGAAGCGCGUGGCUUUCCGCUCCCAGGGUGGUGAGGGGAAAAGUGAUGACGGCACCCCUCUUACUGGCCGGGUCACUAUUGGAGAGGACUUCACCUUGACCAUCUCUUCCGUUCAACCCUCCGAUCAGCUUGUCUUCUACUGCCAGGUCACUGCUGGCCCUGCUGGGGUCGCAGAUGCUGGAACUAUGCUUAAAGUCUACUUUGCUCCUGAGAAGCCAGAACUCACAAGACCAUCAAGUCAGGCCAUUUCUGUGGGAGAGACCACCAGCUCUGAGAUUGGCACCUGUGUGACGAUGAAUGGACAUCCCCAGCCAAGAAUUAUCUGGUUCAAAGAUGACCAGCCACUACCUGAAGUCAAGGACAGGAAAGAGAAGACCUACAUGAUUCCCUCGGUGGUGAAAGAGGCUUCGGGUCUCUACACUAUCAAGAGCACUCUGUACAUGCAGCCCACCAAGGCCGACAAGGACUCUGUGUUCCAGUGCACCGUGGAGUACAGCAUGCUAGGGGACCAGAUCAAACAGAAGAAGUCUGACACCAUCACCAUCAACCUCAACUAUCCAUCUGAGAAAGCGACCUUUUCCCUUCUCAACACCAAUCAAGUCCAAGAGGGCGAUACCGUCACUAUGAAGUGUGUGACUGAUGGAAACCCUCAGCCUGAAUUUGACUUCUCUAAAGAUGGAAAAGACAUCACUGGUCAGGGUGGUCUCCUGAAGCUGGAAUCUGUCAAGCGCGCAGACUCUGGUGUGUACACGUGCAAAGCCAUAGAUUUCGAUAACUUGGAAGCUGACCUGAGUGGAACAAUCAACCUCAAUGUCAACUACAUUGACCCAGUGAAUGUGAUCCCUGUCGAACCUCAAGUCGUCAUGCUUGGAGACAAGGUGGAAUGGCAGUGUAAGACCAAGGCCUCUGCUCCGCAUACAGUUCAAUGGAAAAAGGGCUCUGAUGUGCUCUCUCAGGACGGCACUCUGUCAAUAGAGGACGUUUCCUAUGAUAAAGCUGGAGAGUACAUGUGUGUUGGAGCCGUGCCAUCUGUGCCAGGACUGACAGCCCAGGCUAGUGUCAACCUCACUGUCAAAGGAAAGCCGAUGAUUGAGACUCCCGCUGCUGGAGAGGUUGGGAAGGAAGGAGACAUGGUGACUCUGAAGUGCUCGGCCUACGGCUUCCCCGCCCCCCAGUUCACCUGGAAGCCCUCAGGAAAAGAGUCAGUGUCCGUGGAAGGUAACAAGGUGGUGAGCACCGUGACCCUGGAAGCCACAGCCGAGGUCAUGGAGAACGGGAUGACCUGCGAGGUCUCCAACGAGCAUGGAAGUGAUAGCAAGACCUUCCCUGUAUCUCUCAAAAGAGCAAUUGGCAGCUCGGCCGACAGAGCUGACAAGCAGCAGGGAGGCUCCAGCGGGGUGGUGAUAGCCGUGGUGGUGUGUGUUCUCCUGCUCCUGCUGCUGGUCGCCCUCAUCUACUUCCUGAACAAAAAGAGCAAGCUGCCCUGCAGCAAGAAGGACAAGAAGGAAGUGGCCACUGGAGAGGUGAACAACGACAUUGUAGUAGAGAUGAAGACAGACAAGGCCAACGAAGAGGCCGGUCUCCUGAACAAGAGACCGCCCCAAGAACAGUGAUGAACAGAGUCGAGGCAAGCAACCGACUCAGAGAUGAAGGGAAGGAGGACAAGUGUUAUGAAGACAACAGGGCUAAUUUUUAUUUACUACACUAGAGGAGCACUGAGGGGAACAGCAAGAGGUGGAGCAUGGAAAUGGGUUUGUUUUGGGCACAUCGGGAGGCACAGCAUGUUUGGCACUGGUUAUGCUUAUUUUAUAACUGUUGGGGGGAGUCCCCCUCCCCCCCUUUUUUUUUUUUUUCAAAGAUUGAAUCACUUCAACCCCAUUCAACUCCAUCCAUCUGUGCUCUUAGAGGUUAAAACCAUACAUGCGCAAAAUCAUAAUGUGACUCUUAUUAUCAUGGCUUCUUUUGAUUUGAACUCCUUAUCCACCAAUCAGAUCUUUGGUUGACUCCACUGCAGAGUAGAGCUGGACAGUGAGGCAUGGCUAACACAAUCCAAACGCAGUGGAAGAAUCUUUCUUUUCUGCCCCAAGUGAAACACAAAAUGCCAUUAAGCCACUGUGGAUUUCAAGGGGUGUGUGUGUGCAUGCAAGUGUAACACUGAAAAUCUAUCCUGUCUUUUAGUCUGCACUUAAAUUCUCUGCUCUCCGCUGGGUAUAUUGGGCAAAAUUAUCAAAGGCUGUCAGUCUAUAUUAUUCACCUCAGUAACAGGUGAUGAUUUAUGCUCACAACAUUUUAUCCCUUAGCACACUGUUUGGCACACAUGGCUGUUACAUUUCUGCUCAAAGAAGCGUUGUGUUUGCUUUAUUGCUGUUUGUUUAAUUGCAUUUUUGCUACCUGUGAAUGUUUUAUUUUUAUUUUUUCACUAUCCCCAAUUGGCUUUCAGUUGAAGCAGCUAAGGCAUUUAAUAACGCCAAUCCUUUCUCUAAAAUUGUUUGCUUUUUCCUAUACAGCCAAAGGGCCACCAAACAAGCAAGAUGUUACGUUGUACAAAUUUGUUCUUGCUGUUUCCAGUAUACCUGUAUAUUAUGUUAUAGCACCAAUUGUUCUCGUUUUCCUGUGCUCUCCUGUUUUCUCUGUAAAUUUAAACACUGAUUACCCCGUCUAUCCAGCAGGAGGUAUACCGUUUAUGAUGUGGAGCUUAGUGACUGUGUUUACUGAGCUGCUGGCCUGGGACCGUAAUUGCCAUCAUUUCUUACCAAGUCUUUCACAGCCUUUCAGUCCUCUUUCUCAAACCAUUCUCACCAUCACAGCGUGCAGUGGUUCCACUCAGAAAAGCCCAGUUAUCAUCAAUUGAUGGGAUUUGGUGAAAUGGUCAACAGUCUCAAACUGUUGCCUCCUGUGUUGUUUUCCCAUGACAGCAAAACAGAACUUUCAGGGGCUACGGUGAAGCAGUCACAGAUUCACCUGUUAGGAGAAAUCACUGGCACAGGUUAGCUCUAGUUUAAUACAAGCUGGGAAGGGAAGGGAAGGUAUGGGAGGGAUCGGGAUUAUUGCUGGAGUAUGUAAUGUACCUUUUAUUUUUACCAUUGAAAGACUUUUUGAGUGUCACAACAGGAGUAUUUCUGUGUUUAGGUUUGCAAUAGUGGCAUUGCCGUUUAUCCCCUACACUGUCGGCAGGCCAGAGAGGUUUUAUAGCGGGUUGACGUGCCCUUUUACUUUGUUGUACACUGGAACCAAUGGCCUUGAUUUUUAAAAAAGGUCACCUCAAACCACUAUCUUCGCCCACAAGGCUGAUUUCGAUUUUUCAGUGACUGUCUACUGGUCUUGCCAUAUUGACCGUUAGCAGGCCUGUGAUGGCAGGCGAAGCUGGACAGGUGAUCUGGGAGCAUCAUUUUUUGAUUUUAAUGUUUAAUAUAAAAACAUGUUGUGGUAUACAAGUUGGUUUUUUUUAGAAACGGGAUUCUUAAUUGUAAAACUACUGAGUUUUCAUCUUCCAAUGAUUUUCCACUUGCUGAGAGAAGAGAGAAUUUUUUUUAAAUUUAGGAUUCAUUUUUAUGAGAUAUUCUCGGUCUCAAUGCUUUAAUUCUCUCUCUGUACUGUAUACUGUAUAUUUUGUGUUACUCUGUUGUGACCUAUGUGGUGUGUUGAUGUAUCUUUUUAUUUUGUUCCAGCUGUGUAGAAUUUCUAAUGAAAAAAAAAAAAAACUCAAGAAAACCAAUCACACCUCUAUACUCUGUCUGUUUUUUUUCCAAUCCUUGCAACAGCCAAUUUACAAAAAUGCUGUUUUUGAAUGUCCUUUGCGAUAUCACUGUUAUUUUUUCUGCUAUUUGUAUGCUUUUUAAGAUAAACAAAGUUGCAUUGGAACCAAAAAAUGUGCCUGGCCAUGUGAUAAGGCAGCUGAAACACUCAACAUUAAACAUCAUCUCUAAAAUUAUAAUACACUUGACCAGAGUCUUAUCAGAAAUCAGAUUGCUUUUCAUGUAAUUCAUCCCUGUAUGUCUUUUCUUACACUUCUUAACUGGUGACAUCUAAAUUGAUUCCCAGCUUGCACAAAGUUUAAUCUCUUUGAUAUAAACUGCGUUAUGUAAAUUUCCCCUCACACUGAUUGAUCCCAUGAUUUGUUGUGACAGAACAGAAAAAUUGAGGAAGCUCAUGUUUUGCAUUGAUAACUGCUUAAAGAAUGGGCUCACUGCCGACUUCAUGAGGCAGCAAUCUCUCUGCUCACUUUCAUGUUUAGAAAUGAGUUAAAAUGAAGCCAUCAAUCAUCAGAAAAUUGCUGUGCAGCUUUGUGCAUAUAUCAGUAACACUUAGUAGAAUAGCUUUUAUCUAUAGCUUCUAUAAUCAUAAUUGGCUAUUUAAGAAUGAAUAUAUCAAAACCAAACACUAAUGAAGAAAUGGGAUGAAAAUUCCUAUAAAAAUAUAAAAUAUGCCGUUUCAUUCUCAGCAUCCCCUCCCUUUAACAGUGUGCUCUAACCUUGUACCACUUUUUGACUAUUGCCCAACACGAUGCCUCAUAUAGGCGCUCUUGUUACGGGCCUAUCAGAGCAAUUGUCCUGACACACACGCCCUGCUCGCCAGGUUUUUCCAUUAGGAAAUUAGAAGUGUCUCAUCAAUGUGACCUGGAGAAAUCGAUAUGUGCUCAGAAUACAAAGCAGCAAAGAGAGUAGUGUAAGAGUAUGGGUGGAUAGAGGGAAUUUAUGGAGAACAUAAACAGAUAACAGUGUCAGCGUCAUCUCCUGCCGAUGUGAUGGAGGGGAGGAUACAUGUCAGCAUCUUCGGGGGCUUCACACUGUAAAACCUGCAAUGAAACCUUUCGAACGUUUGCUGUUUGAGAUACUUUUCAACAUCGGAUAGGGCCACACAUUGUACUGUAUACUAUUAGUUCAAAAAGUAAUCACAUUACUAAUUACUCGACAGCAAUAGUAAUUAGUUACAUUAUUCAUUAGCUUUGUUGGUAAGUCUAAUGUGUAGAAAUAGAAAAGGACACAUUGUGGUUUUACAUGUAGCCAGCUCUUUUGGAGGUACUGAUUGUCAAUUAUCAACAGAUUGCUUAGCUCUGGUGAUCGCACACUAAAAAAAAAAACUCCCGUCCUCACAGUCAAACUGCAGGGUGGAUAGUGGAUAACUUAGCAACCCGGCUAACCAUAAUUAAAAAAUACGACAGCUUUGACUGACCAGGCGUCGCCUUUCUCCUCUUUCGGUAGAGGCUAGCUGCUACCCUGAUCCUCUGGUCCCUGCAGACCAGUCUCUCCACUGAACGCACAGUGGGACCAAACUGAUAUAAAUCCUCCAUUAAAUUCCCAGUAAGGCAGCAAGUGUAAGUGUAGGACAGUAGAUGUGGAGAAGAUUCAUUAAGUAAGUGAAGUGACUCAGUAAUGUUAUAUACACAGCUAACUAAAGUUUGCUUACAGCAGCCACUGUAAGAUACUGGUCGCAACAGACCACAUAUGCCUCCAGCAUCAAAACCCCAAAGUUUACUGAACAGAGAAAAGGUGUCUUUUAUGUUUUCACCUGUGACUGUUUGUUGGUUUGCUUGUUUACUUGUCAGUCGGUUUACGCAAAAAGUACCCAACCAAUUUGAACCAAUUUGGCGGAUCCAGAAACUCUUAUCGAUUUCCUUAACAUUGCGAGAUAGGGCAUUUUUAGCCUUGGCAGUGGUAUGCGCUCUACUGAGUGCCAUUCUAAUGGCUUAUGAAUUCAGCUCUUCAUUUGAAAAGAAUUGGAUGAUUGUGUUAUUUCCUCUUUUGAAAGUUACAAAGUCUCACUUUAUGGACAUGCUUUCUGUUAUGUUGGUAAAUUUGAUGAAUAAAUGUAUUAAAUUUAAUCAUAAGCACAGUAAAACUUGGCUUUAAGGGGAUGAUAUGGAUUAAG